AUGGCGUCCACACACCCGACGGGGACGGGCGGGCAGUCGCUGGACAUCCGGGCGCAGAAGAAGAAGGUCUUCCUCCGCUGGGUCGUCCAUUAUGUGGCGCCGUAUGGCAUCACCGUCACUGAUCUGGUGGAGGACAUGCGGGAUGGCACUGUGCUGCUGCUGCUGCUCAAGGUGUUGACCGGAAAGGACCCCACCCCAAAUUGGAAGGCUCCCACAACACCAAAGGCUCCCAGACCGCCCGGCGAGGACGAGCCGCAGCUCGAGAUGCAGAAGACCUCGUCGGGCGCUGCGCUGGCCAUCAAGCGAGCUGAUCGCAUCACCAACGUCCACAACGGCCUACUCUUCCUCUCCCGGAACGCCAAGGGCGUCUCGCUCUCGCAUCUCUCGGCGGAAGACAUUGUCAACGGCAAGAUGAAGAGCAUCUUUGAUCUCGUCUACGAGCUUGUUCGCGAGUUUGAGCUGCGCAAGCUCCUCGGCGCCCGUCUUGCCGUCGGCGCCGACCUCGGCUCGCUCGAACACCAGUGCCAGGCCCUCAUCCGUCUUGUGAGCGACACCCUCGCCCACUAUGUCCACGUUGACCUCAACGCGUUUCCGCACGACUUUGCCGACGGCCUCUGCCUCGCCGCCCUCCUCCACGCCACCGAGUACACCCUGAUUGACUUGUACUCGAUUGUCGUAGCCGCGCCGGGCGCUCCGCGUCGCGGCGAGGCCCUUCUCGACCACGCCAUGGGCAUCGCACACACCCUCGGUGUCCCGCGCCUCAUCGACGCCUCGGACGCGACCUCGCUCUCGUCCGAGUGCUUCAUCACCUACUUUGCCACCGCCCUCAACAUCAUGAACGACCGCGCGCCGUCACCCGACGACCGUCCGCUCGCCCUCGCCCAGGUCCGCGAGCUUGUUGCAGAGAACUCCCGCCUCAAGGCCGCCGCCAAGGUCAUCCAGGCCAAACUUGCCUCCGUCGACGACCACAAGCGCGAGCUCGCCGCAGAGUUUGAUGAGGCCUCGGCUGAGAAAGACGCCACCGUUCGCGCCGCGCGCGCAGAGGUUGAUGACCUCUCCACUCGCCUCAACGAGCUUCGCUCUCAGCUCGCUACCGCCGUCGCCGCCAACGCCCGCCUCCAGGCCUCGCUCGACACCCUGGUCCAGGACUCGUCCGCCGCCGCCGUUGCCUCGUCCGGCACCGCUGUCUCACCGCCCGAGGGCGUCGUUGCCCUUGUCGCCACCCGCAUCUACGGCGCCUCGGCCCUCUGGGACGCUUCGCCCGAAGUCAUGGUCGCCGCAGAGUCGCUCCUCCUGCGCUUGGUUCGCACCCUCCUCGUCGAGCGCUCGGGCUAUGAAGUCUCGUGCUCCGACGGCUCGCUCCUUAUCGCCUUUUCCUCUGCGCUCUCCGCCGUCGCCUUUUGCAUGCGCGUCCAGAUUGAGGCCAUUGACCUGCCCUGGCCCGAGCGCCUCGCCUCGCUCCAUCCCGACUUUGUCGCCACCGAGCAGUCGAUGGACCGCUCCACUAUUUUCCGCGGCCUCCGCCUCGGCAUCGGCGUCCACGUCGGCCGCCCGACCCUCAAGUCGACCGCCGUCACCUCCUCAGGCGUCACCCGCGCCGUUUACGUCGGCGGUGAUGUUACACUCACAAAGUGGCUCGCCCAGGCCGCUGCAGGCGGCCAAACUGUCCUCACCCACAAGGCAUACGGCGCCGUCGCAAAAUCACUUCACACUCUUGACCUCCGCGUCCACGAAGAGUCGCUCGGCAAGUUUGAGGUCUCGGGCGAGAUCCAGGCCACCGGCCAGCUCUUCUCGCUCCUCCCUGAGUUCCUGGUCCACCGUCGCUUCCCCCAGCUCCGCCUCAAAGGUUCCGCCUCUGACGCCGCAGACGCGGCCAAGAACGCCCUCUCUGCCACAGAGCGCAAGUACCGCCUCCUGCAGGAACGCAACGCCGCGCUCAACAACUCCCUCAAGACCCUCUCGGCGCAGGUCGGGUCGGCCAACGAGUAUGCGCUCCGCCUCGCCUCCAAGCUCCGCUCCAUCAACUCCAACUCGGGAACCGACAAGGAGCUUGCCUCGCUCGUUGCAGAGCUCGACUCGGUCAUGUCGCGCCAGGACAAGCUCUCGUCGCAGCUUGCCAUGGCCUCGGCCGAGCGCGAUGUCCUCAACUACGAGCUGACCGAGGUCAAGGACACCCUCGUCUCGGAGCGUAACUCUAUCGCCGCAGACAUGGCCGCUCACGCCCGCAGUGACUUGGAGACCGAGGCCGCCAGAGACGCAGACCCUGGAAGCGGCGGCUCGCACAUGAUGUACAACCACAACCCCAAGCUAGUCCAGCAAAUCGAAGAGCUGCAGCUCUCGCUGCGCAAGGCCACCCGCGCCGCCGCCGCCAAGGAGAUCGGCCUCAAAGAGCAGCUUCGCACCACCCGCAAGCAGCUCGAAGCAGCUCAAGAGUCCAUCAGAGUCCUCGACUUUAAGCUCCAACACAACAUCUACACAGAUCCGGAAGAGGCUGUCCCGCUCGACGACGUGCUGAAUGAUUCCAAUCUGCCCGAAAACUUUCCCCACCUGCCUGGCUCGGCAGCCUCGGGCGGCGGUGGGCCGGCCGGUACCUCGCUCUCGCCCCACGCCUCACGACACACCCGCCGCCACUCGGUCUCGCACGGCUCACAGUCAAGCAUCGAUUCGCCCACACAUCGCUCAGAAACAGGCAUUGCUGGCCUGCCCACCCUCCCGCGCAUCGCCACAGAGUCGGACAACGAACCAGCCGCCGUCCAGGUUGGCACCCGCCGUGCACACUCUGAAAUCGAGUGGUCCAAGGAGCGCCUUGUCGAGCUCGCCCAGCAGAAAAAGGCCCGUGCCCACUCGCGCUCGCGCUCGCGAUCGCGAUCGCGAUCGCCCACACGCUCCCCGCCAGGCUCGCUCGACAACUCGGCCGCUUCAGUCCGCCUCAACAAGUCGGCCGCUGGCGCCCUCGACGCGUCGCUCAGCAACGCCCGCGGCCUCGCCGGGCCGCCCAAGAUCAACAAGCGCGUCCAGACCAAGCACCACGCCCGCGUCGCCGUCGCCAAAGUCCUCAACGUCAUCUACACCCGCCCGCUGCAGGAGAUGUACUCGACAAAGACCGAGCUCGCCCAGGGCCACGCCCUCGCUCUCCUCUACGACACGCUCACCUCGGCGCUCUCCACCCUUUUGGCUCUCUUCCCUGGCACCAUCGACUUUCUCUACUCGCUCAAGCUCUUUGUCGCCGCCCUCGACGAACGCUACAAGUGGCUCCAUACCGCACGCUCCGACGUCAAGUACGACGACAUUGUCGACAUUGUCCACGGCUUUUGUGAAGACAUCGGUGUCCUCGCCGACCCGGCCGUCGCCUCCAAGUUUAACUCAUUCUUCCGCCCGCCUGAAGACCGCGACGCCACCGAUCCAGUCACGCCAAAGUCGCCGCUCUCGCCGCUCUCGCCGCUCUCACCGCGGCUCGCUUCCACUCACCGCAAGUCGCUUGCUCCGCGCUCGCCAAACUCGCCCAACGCGCCACUCAUUCCUCGCCGCCGCCGCUCGUCGCGCGCCUAG